CAAAGAGAAUAGUCGGUUUUACAUGAAAAUAUGCGUAAUUUCUUAAGAAUGUCUGUCCCUCAAACAGAUCAGGACAGAUAAACAGUGAAUGAGUGACUUUCAUGCCAUUUCAUUAAUAUAUUCCUGACUAGUGAAUAUUUACUUAGGUUGUAAUGGCGCUCGUAUGUGAUAUCAAAAGCAAUACACCUGAAGAGCCCUCCAAAACUGAAGAGGAUCUCGAAGAUGGAGAAAUUGAGGAUGAUGAUGAAGAGGCCCCUGCAGAACCGCAAGAAGCUCCCAAAGCUGACUUAGCUAUCCCAGCUCCGGUUCCGGUUAAAAUCGUCGAUAAUAAAGUCAAUGUAAUCGAAAAGAUUGAAAGAGAUAGACCUAGAGAUAGGUCGGAGAGAAGGCGACAUGAGGAGAAAGGAAGGAAGCAUAUGACUGAGGCGGAAAAGAGUAUAUUGCAUUUGCGGAAACGAGAGGAGAUGCAAAGGAAAAAGUGGGAGAAAUUCAAUAGAAAUAAAGACACCGUGAUGGAUCCUCUUGGUAUGGAAUCUAUGUCAUUUUCUGUCUCAGAAAAUUAUGGGCAUACAUAUGAUGAUUUCGCCAAAAACAUCGAAAAAACCCUCGCCACAAUUCUGAAUAAAAAAGAAAAAGAGGCUGCUGCGGCCAGUGGCGAGGAAGACAAAAUAGAAGAAAAAAGGGGGAAGAAAAGGAAGAAGGGAGACAAGGAUAGAAAAAAUAAACAGAGGAGGAUAGAGUCUCCCAAGUCUGAAAUAGACGAAAACGAAAUGCUGAACAUACGUGGGGGAAGUCCGGAGAAGAAGCCUGAAGAAAGGAGGGAAGGUAGUCCCUCGGUGCAAUCGGAAGAGAGUUACGACUCGGAGUAUUCUUCGGAUCGCAGCAGAAGCGACGAACGGAUUAGACGGAGAGAAGGAAAGAAAGCAAAGAGGAACAGAGACAGAGAACACGGUAGGGAGCGCAAGAAUAGGGACAGAAGGAACGAGCAGCAACCUUUGAAGGAUUCGCAGGGAGUUUGCGUUUUCUACUUGCAAGGAAAAUGUCAAAAGAAUGAUUGUCCCUACUCUCACGAAGCAGUGCCCCCCAUGAAACUAGAACUCUGCAAGUUCUACCUGAUGGACUGUUGCGCAAAAGGUGACAAAUGUUCAUAUAUGCAUUCUGAAUUUCCUUGUAAAUUUUACCAUACAGGUUUAAAUUGCAUACAAGGAGACAAUUGCAAAUUUGCCCACGGCAAACCCCUCUCUGAAGGUCUGAAACAGAUCUUGUUUAAACACCUCGAAACGGCGCCCCGCGAUAUUUUGGGCGGAUUUCCCAGAAUGAGCAGGGAGGAGGCGCUGAACUUGAUCAACAUUACGCAGAUCAAGCUGCAAGAGCAGCAGGGGAUGGACGUUAAAGAGGAACCUAAAGGUGGGAUACCUUCAUUGUUUGAUAUUAAUGUACCCGUACCCCCUGAGUUAUUACAAGGAGCCGAUGAUGUAAGGGGUAAAAAUGAAAAAUCGGGUAGGAAUCGACCGUCGAGGUGGCAAGAUCCCGACCCGUUGCCAUCAAAAGAUCUAAAUUUCCCUCUCAAACCCUUCCAAUACGGACAAGACCAGGACAUGAGGAUAAGAAACAGUAACGGGGACAUCGACAUGAGGACGUUGCCCCCGAAUUUAGGACCGAUACCAAACGUUCCAGCGAGCAUAUCCUCCGAAAGCAAGUCCGGCGAAUUGGAUCUGGAGAAAUAUAAACGCGAGGCGGGACUGGUGAUCGAUUCUCUGAAACAAGACUUAGACAUUCGUACAUCGAACAUUUUACCCUACACCGCGUCGAAGGACGUGGAUAUUCGCCAUCAACCUCUUCUACUGGGUAAGGAUGUCGACAUCAGGGUAAUGCCCAAGAUCUUCGACGACAAGCCGGAAUCCAAAAUCGAGGACGACAACGAAGACGAGCCGAUGCUCCAGAUAGACACCGGGGACGACUGUAACAAACCCGAAAUGCCCAAUUUGCCCGUGGACUUGCCCAAAACGCAACGGGACCUGUACCUUAGGAUACAGGCCCAACAGAAGGAGACCGCUGUCGAACAGGACACAAAGGAAGGCUUUGAAAUCGAUGAGAACAUCAAUUGGUACUCGGACGAUGACGAUGAGGACGAUAACAGGCUGACAAUCAAGGUGGACAAUGAUGAGGUUAAGGAGAAGGAAGCGGCAGGGUCAGAGGGGACGGAAGCAAGUGAAGUGAUAAUGUCCCCACCGCAAAUAAAACCUCUCGACGUGGUCGGCCAGUUGGGAGACCUCUCGAAAAUUGACAUCUCAGCGGAGGUGACGAAACUCUUAACGACCAUGAGCCAGUCGCAGAAUCAGUUCCCCUUCCUGCCUAAACCGGAAGGGAGUUCGACUCCGCCGCAAUCGACCGCCUCUACUUCGACGUUGACCGAUCCGAGGACGGCCAGACAGGAUCCACGAACGUCAACUGAGAAACAGGAGGUUCCAAGGGCGGACCCUAGAUUGACCGCAGAUCCUCGCCAAAGGUCUAGGCAAGGUUCGAUAGAAGUCCAGAACAAACCGGAGAAGUUGAGUAUAUACGAGCAGGGCAGCAUCGAUAGGAACUCUGAAGAAAUCGAUACUGAUUUCAGGAGUUCUAUACGUUCCGAUGUGGACCUUCGCAACCUUCAGUUACCCUUCAAGGGCAUGCAAAACUACACUCCUGCCACGGAAAUAGACGCGAGCAUAAACUCCCAUCUCCCCAUACCCUGGAAGGUGGUCACGGUAGAGAUACCGCGACCCGAUUACACAGGUUUAAAGUUAAGCAUAAGCGAUGCCGAGAAAACCGGCGAUCCUCGAUUACGUAAAAUAUUUAGGUUAAGCGUCGAGGAACGGGAUACUCCACUUAGCCCAAAGGCAAGUCCCAAGUCUAGUUCGACGACCGUAAGGGUAGAUCCGAGGCUUAGGAAAAUGGAGGAUAGUAAUAAAAACGAACCUCAGCCGGGCGCGAUGACGUUUAACCAACAGCUGAGCAUGUUGCAAAGCUCGGCGUUUUACCAGAGCUUGACGAGCAACCAGAAGCUUUUACUCAACCAGGAGUUGAGUCAGCGAAGCGAUCCCAAUAACUCCCAUGACCCGGUACUGAACAGUUUGCUGUCCAACCUUAAUAUUAUACCAGGAACGAGCCUGCAGCCGAAUUCGAAUUUGGGCGCUGCCCUGUCGAUAUUAGCCAACGUCUCAAAGUUGAACCCUAUCUUGCCGCCAGGACAACAAGCUAAUUUACCCGUCAAUCCCAUGUUGAGCCAGAAUCCGAACAUUAUGAAUCAAAUGGCGCAGAGCGUUUCACAGCCCGGUCUGCUGGGCGCAGCGCCCGGCAUACCAAACUUACCCCCGGAUUUUCCCAUCAACUUCGACCCGAGGAACGGAGGAUUGCUAGGAAACGCCCCGAUGCCCUUCGGGGGCUUCCCGCCGGACGGUCCCGGCAACUUUAACAAUUUCAACGAAGAUUUCUACCCGCCCAACAAUCCCGGCAACAGGGAUAACAGGGGGUUUAAUAGAGACAGGAGGCGGGGGAGGAAUUUUAACAGGAACAAUCCCGGUAACAGGAAUUUUAGGAGUAGAAAUAACCGAGCAAAUAGAACUCACUCGCCUCCGUAGGAGGUGCCUUUAGGUUAGUUUCGAGAAGUAAGUUUCUCCCUUGUAAAUAUAUGAGUCGAGUUGUGCCAAUUCUGGAUCCGCUUUUUUUCCUCUUUAUGUGCAGGGUGGUUUGUCAUUAUCUUUUACAAGGCGUUGUAAAAUAAUGUAAUUUAAUUGUUGUAAAUAAAUGUUUAAUUCAUAUAUUUUUAUUGUUUGGUUGGCGUCUAUCUAUAUAAGACUGAACUUUUGGGAUUGUCGAGUGUGCCUCAUUGUAUUGAAAAGAUAAUUUCUAAAUAAGAUGUUACAGCAGUACAAAUCGAUUGAUUUCCGUUAUUAGUUUUCUUCUAAUGUCGACAUCUUAAGAAAUUUAAAACUCCAGUGUGUUCGAAAUUAAUCGUGGUAAUGUGAUUUUAAUAAAAUUUAAUUUUAGCCUCGGAAAUUUUGACUUGUUCACUAAAAUUCUCUAGUGAUUGAUUAUACACCUUAAUAGUCGAUGUUAGUUCAAACACAUCUUUUUGCUGCACUUAAUUCGAACAAUUAAACUUCAUUUCUGUAAUCAUUUACAAUUAAAAAGGACGUACAACCGAUCUCACUUUUAAUCGUGAGCGAUUUUAAUUUUAAUUAUUAAUUUCUAGCCCCAUAUAAUUUAUAUACGCCUAAGUUCAUUCCUAAGGUUGUUUGUUACAUUUAUCGUGUUUACUGUAAAUAUAUAUAUUAAUUUAUUUAAUCCUCUGCCUGAAAAUCUCGCAAUCCCACUGACAAAUAUUUAUUUUUGUUAUAUAUUUUAAAUGUAUAAUUUCGAUUAAUGCUAUUAAAUCACUGUAAUUGUAUAUUGUGUACAGAAUAAAUCAUUCUUUUCA